GUUGCGGCCCGCCCGGAGCCUGACAGGAGGACCCGCCGCAGAAGUGGCCGGUUGCCGGGGCGCUUAGGUGCGGCGGGCCGGAGCCGGCAAUGACGCGGGUGGAGAUGGCGGACGAGGCGCUCUUCCUGCUGCUGCACAACGAGAUGGUGGCCGGGCUGCACCGCGCCGCGGAGCAGGGGGAGGCGGAGAACGGGCGCUGCAUCACGAAGCUGGAGAACAUGGGCUUCCGGGUCGGGCAGGGGCUGAUAGAGAGGUUUACUAAAGACACUGCCAGAUUCAAGGAUGAGUUAGACAUUAUGAAGUUCAUCUGCAAAGACUUUUGGACUACUGUAUUCAAAAAGCAAAUUGAUAAUUUAAGGACCAAUCAUCAGGGCAUUUAUGUACUUCAGGACAACAAAUUCCGUCUCUUGACUCAGAUGUCUGCAGGGAAACAGUAUUUAGAACAUGCACCUAAGUAUCUAGCAUUCACUUGUGGAUUAAUCAGAGGAGGUUUAUCAAACUUGGGAAUAAAGAGUAUUGUGACAGCAGAAGUUUCAGUAAUGCCUGCAUGUAAAUUUCAGGUAAUGAUACAGAAGAUGUAGAACAUGUUCGGAUAUGGAUGCCUCCGCCUUUUUAAAAACAUGUACAUUAAAUACCUUAGUUGAUUUAGCUCUAUAGUUUGUGUACAAAGUUACUGUGAUAUGCAGCAAAAUUCCUUCAUUAUAUAUAGUAAAUGUUAAUUAAAAUGACACUAUUACUAAUA